UUGGCCGCGUGACGUCACACGGCGGGGACCGCGCCGUACUUCCCUUUUACCCUUGUCCUUGGUGGUUGUCGGCGGAGGCGAGGGAGGGAUUGGUGGCGCUGUCAAGAUGAUGUUUCGAACCCUUUUGGCUGUACGGCAAGUAACACAAAACCCCAUAAACUUUGCCUCUCGCAGGCAGCUUGCAAACAGGAUUUCUGAGAAGCAGAAACAUUUUCAGGAAGAUAAUGGCAUUCCAGUGCAUUUGAAAAAUGGAAUACCAGAUAUUCUGCUGUAUCGCAUUACUAUGCUCCUUUCUCUUUUUGGAGUUGGCUAUGUCUUCUAUAAUUUCUACGAAAUAGGAAAGCCAAAGAAAAACUAACUCCAGUUCAGAAGAUGCAUCUUGGAAUAGCAUCAUUCUGUUCCAUUCCAUUACACUCAUCAGGGACCUACUUUGUCCUUGUCAUAAUACUUGAUUUUGUGUUUGGGAACAAUGUUUGUUAAAAAUGUAGUAACUGCAAUCAUUAAACUAGUUUGGCCUGAAGGAUAUAUUUGCAACUGUUAAAAGAUCAUUUGUUGAAUUUUGUAUUUGUUGCAAGUGCUACUGUUUGUGGUUGCAAAAAUGACCAAUAAAUGCUGAAAUAUGUGAUAAUUUA